UUAAUUAGAUCAUCUUUUUAUGUAUUUACUUUAUGAAAGGUCAAGUAAACAACUCUCUUUUUCUUAACAACUUCAAAGUAAACAACUCAAACAACAAAAGCAAAUACAUAAAAUAACUUAAAUUAAAAAAAAUUAAAACAAUUUUACUUUUUCAGUAAGGUCUCUGUCUUCCAUUUGCAUAUAUAUAUAAAAACACCAAACCAGAUCCCAUUUUAUUAUUUGAAAAAAUAAGGAAGAGAAAAAUGGGUUGCCGUCAAAUAUCAGUGAUAGUUUUAUUCCUUUGGGUGUUCCAGUUUGCAGACAAGACCGUCGUAAGCUCGGCCGUAGAAGAGAAAGGAACGGUGUUUGUGUACGGAAGAGCGGCCGUGGGAACAGUAGACGAAGACUUCAUCUGCGCCACUUUGGAUUGGUGGCCACCUCAGAAAUGUGACUACGGAACUUGUGCUUGGGACCAUGCUUCGAUUCUUAACCUGGACCUGAAUAACACUAUUUUUCAGAAUGCAAUCAGAGAAUUUGCUCCAUUGAAAAUAAGAAUAGGAGGAACAUUACAAGACUUGGUGAUAUAUGAGACACCAGAUCAGAAACAGCCUUGUCUUCCUUUCACCCAAAACACUUCCCUUCUCUUUGGCUACACACAAGGAUGUCUGCCCAUGCGCCGAUGGAACCAGCUUAAUGACUUCUUUAGCAAAACCGGAGCUAAAGUCAUCUUCGGGCUGAAUGCACUCUCUGGUCGGAGCAUACAAUCUAAUGGCGAAGCCGUAGGAGCCUGGGAUUACACCAAUGCUGAAUCAUUCAUCCAAUAUAUAGUACAGAACAACCACACGGUCGAUGGUUGGGAGCUCGGCAAUGAGCUGUGUGGAAGUGGUGUUGGUACAAGAGUUGCAGCAAGUCAGUAUGCUACGGACACCAUAGCUCUUCGAGACAUUGUGAACCGGGUUUAUAAGGAUGUGAGUCCCAUGCCACUGGUGAUAGGCCCUGGUGGUUUCUUUGACGCUGCUUGGUUCACAGAAUACUUGAGCAAAACUGAAAACUCUCUCAAUGCCACCACUCGUCACAUCUACGACCUCGGUCCAGGAGUGGACCAGCAUCUGAUAGAAAAGAUUCUAAACCCUUCGUACCUGGACCAAGAGGCAAUAACGUUCCGCAGCCUAAAGAACAUAAUUAACAACUCCUCAACAAAGGCUGUGGCAUGGGUUGGUGAGGCUGGUGGCGCUUACAACAGCGGUCGUAAUCUUGUCUCUAAUGCGUUCGUUUAUAGUUUCUGGUACCUGGACCAGCUUGGUAUGGCAUCAGUUUAUGAUACAAAAACUUAUUGUAGACAGUCUCUGAUCGGAGGAAACUAUGGUCUGCUAAAUACUACUAAUUUCACUCCCAAUCCUGACUAUUACAGUGCUCUGAUCUGGCGACGACUUAUGGGAAGAAAUGCAUUGUUCACAACCUUUUCCGGAACCAAAAAGAUACGUUCAUACACCCAUUGUGCAAGACAAUCGAAAGGGAUCACAGUGUUACUGAUGAACCUGGACAACACUACAACAGUUGUGGCGAACGUAGAGCUAAAUAACACUUACAAACUAAGACACAGGAAGACGUCUCAGAAAAUAGCAAGGACUUCCCAGAUGCCUUGGGUCUCUAAUGGUGAAACCCAAAGAGAAGAGUACCAUUUGACAGCAAAGGACGCAAAUUUACACAGCCAGACUAUGCUACUCAACGGUCAUGCACUGCAGGUUAACUCGAUAGGUGACAUACCUCCACUGGAACCGAUACAUGUAAACUCAACAGAUCCAAUAACAAUAGCUCCAUAUUCUAUUGUGUUUGUGCAUAUGCCCAACGUUGUUGUACCUGCAUGUGCUUAGGGGAGCUGCUGCAUGUUGGACUUUUAUGACAGCUCCAUUCAAUUAUUUGAUUAGAAAAAGAAGUGUACCUAUCUUUCAGAACAAACUUUAUAGACCAAAUAAACGCAAUGAAAUAAUUUCCAAACACUUCUUUUUCAAAAAUUUAUUUCUGUUUUAACAGUUUCAAACUGGUUGGGACUGUACAGACGGUCCCACUAGAGAGUUAGAACGAAGCUACAAGAAAAGCUUCUUCU